GGAGGGAGGGAGAGAAGCAGCCGUUUUAUCUGCAGCAAGAAGGGUGUGUAACGCCGGACGAACUAUGCGGGGUGAAGGGCCGUGAAGGAGGAAUUGCUAUCCGAACCCCCCUUCUCCUCCAAACUUUGGAUGUUUCGAGAGAGGUCACAGUGUUUAUGAUUCACAGACGGUAGACAGCAGUAAUCAUGAGUGGUGAUUCCAGCCAAGAAGUGAUAACAUCCCCUCCUCCACCCAGUGCAAUUCAUAAGGGGGGCUACUUUGAUCACAUCAAUGAAAGUGAUCCUGAAUAUAUUCAAGAAAGAAACAGAUCACCAGAAUUGAGACAGGAUUUCAACCUGAUGGAACAGAGAAAGCGGGUUUCUCAAAUACUGCAGAGCCCUGCCUUCAGAGAUGAGCUUGAGACCCUCAUUCAAGAACAGAUGAGAAAGGGUAAUAACCCUAUUGGUCUGCUUGCCCUGCGCCAAAUCGCAGAUUUUGUAAUGGCAAGUUCGGUUGCGGCUUUACCCACAACACAACUUAGCCUAGGAAUAGCCACACCCAUCAAUGAUCUACAUGCCAUUGAAUCUGCUACCUUUGCAAAAGGAGAGAAGUUGAUCCGCUGUAAAAUUGCAAGCCUUUAUAGAAUGGUGGACCUCUUUGGAUGGGCUCACCUAACCAAUACCUACAUAACAGUCAGAGUAAGCAAAGAACAGGAACACUUCCUUAUUAUUCCCAAGGGUCUUUCAUAUGCUGAGGCCACAGCUUCAAAUCUUGUGAAGGUUAACAUAUUGGGCAAAGUGGUGGACCAGGGGAGUACAAAUCUCAGAAUCAACCAAGCAUCAUUCAGCCCACAUGCAGCUAUCUAUGCAACACGCCCUGAUGUCAGAUGUGCAAUACAUAUACAUACACCCGCAGCUGCUGCUGUCUCAACCAUGAAAUGUGGCAUCCUGCCUAUAUCCCAAGAAGCCUUGAUUGUGGGCACUGUUGCAUAUUAUGACUAUCAUGGUUCACUUGAUGAAGAGAGUGAUGGAAUUCAGCUGCAGAAGUGUUUAGGUACAGCUUGCAAGGUAUUGGUUCUUAGAAACCAUGGUGUGAUAGCACUUGGUGAGACCAUCGAGGAAGCUUUUCACUACAUCUACAACGUUCAAUUAGCCUGUGAGAUUCAGGUAAGGGCCUUGGCAAGUGCAGGUGGAGUGGAUAACUUGCUGCUGCUGGAUCUGGAAAAGUUCAAGUAUUGCACGCACAUGGUGGCUCUUGAAGGAGUCAAUAUGGGAACCACACAAAAGUGGAGAGUUGGAGAACAGGAAUUUGAAGCAAUGAUGAGAAUGUUGGACAAUUUGGGCUACAGAACAGGCUACACUUACAGACACCCAAUUCUGAGGGAAAAACUAAGGCAUAAGAGAGAGGUGGAGAUACCUGCGACCGUCACUGCAUUUUCCUUCGACGAUGAUGUACUGCCCCACUCUCCUCUCAAAUUCCUGGCACAAAAACAGCAGCGGGAAAAGACAAGAUGGCUGAAUACACCAAACACCUACAUGAAGGUCAAUGUUCCUGAGGAAUCUCCAUCAGGUGAUUGCAGUCCUAGGUCAAAAACCACAUGGAAGAAAGCUGACAACACUGCAAAUAGUGGGACACCAAUCAAGAUAGAAGAUCCUAAUCAGUUUGUUCCACUAAAUACUGAUCCACGAGAGGUCCAUGAUAAGAGAAACAAGAUUCGUGAACAGAAUCGAUAUGACAUGAAGACUGCGGGGCCACAGUCGCAAUUACUGGCUGGUAUUGUUAUUGAGAAGAAAGGCAUCCCGCUUACGCAACUGGAAAUUGAAAGGAUGAGUGAGCAGAUCCCAACUGGCCCACCAAACCCAUUCAGUUACCUCAACGAGAAUGAAUUGGAGGAAUACAAAAAGAUGAUAGAACGAAAACAACAAGGAUUGGAUGAUACUGAACAUGAACUAACAUCAGAUGAUGGUUCUGCGUUAUCACCAACUCAAUCCCCACACGCCUUGCCAGCAGAAUUGGAAGAUAACACUCCACCAGCGGUGGUAGUGAAUGGAGGGAAGGAAGACGGACAAGCUUUUGCAGAAGACGUGACAAACCGCAUCAGCCAGUUGACAACUGGCACUGUGGAGAGCGUGGAGAUCACCAUCAAGUCAACUGAAAAGGUGGAUCUGAAUGCUAGUGAUGCCCUUUCACCUGAGGGAUCUCCUUCGAAAUCUCCAUCAAAAAAGAAAAAGAAAUUCCGCACGCCAUCAUUCCUGAAAAAGAACAAAAAGAGAGAGAAGGUGGAAGCAUAAUGAUGAGUUUGCAGGGAUGUUCUGCAAUUAAAAUGCUGGUCAAAUUAAUGUCAGUUUUAACAUGUUGACAUGUUCAACAAAAUGUGCUAAACAUCUUUUGACUGUGCACUGACCAAGAAUGAAUGGAAAAAGGCACAAAGGGGGUUUAAAUCUAGCAUUUAAAUAUUAUUGCAAGUUUCUUUAGCAACUAACCUUUUGCCAAAAUGAAAUCACAUUCUAGUUAAUUCUAGACCUGGAACUGUUAUACAAUGGAAUUGAUUUUAAUCUUUAAAUGAAACUCAUCUCAGUAAGUCCGCUAAAGUGUGGAAAUUUUAUACAUUUAGACAGAUAAUUUAAUCCAUGACAGAAAACUUUCUAAAUUUUUUAAUACGAUUAAAUAAAUGUUACAAGCAUGCUAUAUAAGGGUUUAAUGAAAAAUAAAUGACUAAGACUGCCUGACUCGAGUAUACCAUGGAAAGUCUAGGCAUGUUGUGGUUCUGAUAUUAAUGGGCUAGAUUAUACAAAACUGGACUCGUGUCAAUAGUAUCUUUUGUUCUCUUUUAAAAAAACAAACUAUACUGCACUUUUGGUAUACUUAAUUUACUAGUAACUAAAACAUGCGUGAAUCCAUGAGGUAACCAAAUGAAGGAGAAAUAAUGCUACCAGAAAGGGAAAGGCAGGGUGUGCAGCCGGCGUAAUUAUGGGAAAAGGAUUGAGUUGUGAUAAAUGGAAAGUGGUAAAUAGGCAAUUGACGUUUUGUUUUUGAAAGUGUGGUUCAACUUGUAGCAUAAAAGAAUAAAAAAGGCAUGAAGAUAAUGUUUUAAAUGCAUGAUCUAGAAAAAUUAAGCUAGAACACAAUGACCUGGUGCUAGCCUGCUCCUUGAAUCAUGUCGCUUUUAAUUGACCCAUUUGUUCCUCUCAUUCCUCCCUUAAAUCACAAGAUGCCAAGUAACAUUGCAAACAUUGUUUGCCAGGGUCCACAUCUUGACCGUAUCCAUGUGGCUCUUGAUUGGCUAUCAGUUAUUGGCCAUGAAGUUGACUAUACUGACUUGCCCAUCGAUGAGCCAACAGGGUUUGGUCUCGUGACGUGUUCGUGGACACUUUAUCUCUCCUGGAAGAAGAUUAGUUUCCCCAGUGUAAGAUUGGUUUUUAAUGUGAAUGACAAAGUUCAUUCUUGUUACAGAUGUGAAUUUAUUCUGCAAUGUUAGACCACACUGAGAUUUAAGUAAUAUUUUCCCAAGAAACCCAUCUUUUUUAUAUAAAUGAAUUCUACUGUGGUAGCAUGCUAUUAACUGUCAAGAGAAACAUCAUAUAGAAUUGAUCUUUCACAUAUUAUGUAAAAAUUAUUUUUCACGUUGUGUGUUCUCUUGUGCAGUACUUGUAAUACAUUUGCUACAAAGUGUUUUCUUGUGUAAAAUAUGCAGUGGGAAACGAUAAGAUCACGUUCAAAUACUGAGAAAUCGAUCAAUGAUGUGCACAUUUAAAAAGUGACCUGAUUUGUGAUUAUAAUUAAACUUGCUAUAUAUUGA